AUGACCGACGCAAAAGAAACGCCGAUCGCGGAGCCCGUCACAAGAGAGAACGUUGCCAGUCGUCGAUUAUGGCUCGGCCUGAAGUACUGGCAGAGUGAACCUGUUAUUUCCAAAAUGACGGCUAUCAGCAAACCCACCAAGCGUAUCACUCUGGAUGUCCCUGCUCUGCGGCGAAUCGUCCGGGGUGACCAAAGCAAUACCGUGUACGGGCUUCGGUCACCUGGGGAAUGUAUCUUUUUGACCACGUCACAAGGGCUAUUUGAGGCCAGGGAUGGUUUGUUCCUUGGUGCAUCCGACGGUCCCGUUUGUAUUCUGGAAUUUAUCAUACGAGAUCUCACUCUCACUCGUCCACUGGCCUGCUCCACAAGACCAUCCAGUGUAUGCGACAUUGGAUUACCCCAGCCCGGAUCUCAUUCUUCAUUUCAAUCUAGCCUAGAUGCCCAGUUCUCGCGGGCCUGCGGUAAAUGA